UUGAACCUGUGGUUAAACCCAAGCCAACAAAGAGGGGGGGUGAGAAGAAUGCUGGCAAAUCAAGAAGGAAGAAAAACAAAGGGAAAAACAAAAAGAAAGGGACUCCCUGUGAUAUGGAAUACAAAAACUUUUGCAUCCAUGGUGAAUGUGUAUACCUAGAACAUCUCCAGAUGGUGACCUGCAAGUGUCAUCAGGAUUUUUUUGGUGAGCGCUGUGGUGAACAGUUCAUGAAGACUCAAAGGAAGAAUGAUGUGGCAGACUACUCGAAGACUGUGUUGGUAGUGGUAGCUGUCCUGCUCUCAAGCAUCAGCUUCAUUACUGUACUUAUCAUUGUGAUAGUGCAGGUCAGGAAAAAGUGUCCUCAGUAUGAAGAGAAAGAAGAAAGGAAAAAACUUCGACAAGAAAACAGAAAUGGCCAUGUUGGUGUGUAAAUGAGGAGAAAGCAGAACAAUUCUGAUGUGGCCACUGCCAAGCUGCAGGGUACCUCUGGUUACCUGACACAUCCACUGGACACUGUGGGCUGGAGCUGUUGCCACUAAGCCCUGAUUCAUCAAGACGGAGGCUGCUGCAAGGAGAUGUCAACAUGCCACUUGCUGCUGAAUUGCUUGCUGGGGAGGACAGUUACCACUACAUCUUGGCACAAUGGUGUGGAAGGAGCUGCCACUGUGGGGUAGAGGACCUGCUAGAGACUACUGCUACUGAGCCCUCUCUAUCAGUGCUGGAGCUCCAGUCUCAG